AUGAGAAAUUCACAUCUAUCUAUCUAUCUAUCUAUCUAUCUAUCUAUGCGCCUUUUUAUUUAUCUAUGUGACAUUGACCAACUUUUGAGUUGUUCAGUUUUAAAUGUCAGUGAUGAUAAAAACAAAAAUGGAGUAUGUAAUUCUUUUCUCUCUCUCAGUGAUGAUAAAAACAAAAAUGGAGUAUGUAAUUCUUUUCUCUCUCUCAGUGAUGAUAAAAACAAAAAUGGAGUAUGUAAUUCUUUUCUCUCUCUCAGUGAUGAUAAAAACAAAAAUGGAGUAUGUAAUUCUUUUCUCUCUCUCAGUGAUGAUAAAAACAAAAAUGGAGUAUGUAAUUCUUUUCUCUCUCUCAUGAUGAUAAAAACAAAAAUGGAGUAUGUAAUUCUUUUCUCUCUCUCAGUGAUGAUAAAAACAAAAAUGGAGUAUGUAAUUCUUUUCUCUCUCUCAGUGAUGAUAAAAAACAAAAAUGGAGUAUGUAAUUCUUUUCUCUCUCUCAGUGAUGAUAAAAACAAAAAUGGAGUAUGUAAUUCUUUUCUCUCUCUUCUUAUUUUUAAUAUGAAAUGA